ACGUACCUUUUUUUCAUGAUGUCCGAUGAAAGCUUCACAGGCCUUUCACAGCCUUGUUUGAGAUACUUGGCUUGCUGAGCCUAAUUUCAUCCAAUACCCCCAGAUCGAGGCCGCAGCGACUCUCGGCUUGCUUGCGCAAAGAUGUCUGUCAACGUCCAGAUACCGUACAGUCAGGUCCAUGCCCUCGGCGACAUCCUCCUCGCUGCACGAUCAGGCCAAUUGCACACCUACAGCCUCACUGAUGGCAAGCUCAUCUCGACAUGGAAGCACCCCGACGUGGAAAAAGUCGCUGAGGCUGUGAAUCGAGUUGCGGAGGAGAAAGAGGUGGCAUUGGCGACUGGAGCUGGCGAGGACGCCCCCAUGGCAGAUGACGACAAGGAUGAGCCACCAGCAAAGCGCCAAAAGAUGCUCAGCGAGCAAGAGUCGAGUGUAUCCAUUACAACAGAUAUGCCACCAGCGGAUGUCGUCGACAGAGAGUCAUCCAGUAAUGGCCAGAAAGGCAAGGGGAAGGAUAAGGCAAGCCGGAGCCGCGUGCGGGUGGAGGGACGCGCCAAAGUGCCGGAUCGGCCAUUGAUCACGCACCUCACGAGCACGGCCGACAAGAAGCAUGUCAUUGCCGUCACUGGUCAUGACAAGGCUGUUUGGGUGUUUGAGCAUGAUGGUCAAGGUAACCUCGAGGAGCUCAGCUCAAGGAUCAUGCCCAAACGGCCAAGCUCCAUUGUUGUCGGGCCCGACUCGAUGAUCAUCUGCGCCGACAAGUUUGGCGAUGUGUAUUCUCUGCCUCUUACCCCUGACCCCAACUGGAAGGCGCCAGUCGUCGCAAAGACAGUCACGGAGACCCCCAUUGAGGCCAACGAGUUCACUGUGCAUUCGAGGAGGAACCGAAGGGCUUUGGAAUCUCAGCAACUACAAGCGAAGAAGAAACCGAACAAUGAGCAGGACAAGGCUACAGACGCUCCCGCGUUCGAGCUCACACUGCUGCUAGGCCAUGUCUCGCUACUCACGGCCCUUCUCGUAGCUGAGCGCGAAGGCAGGAAGUAUAUAAUCACAGCAGACAGGGACGAGCAUAUUCGCAUAUCGCGGUACAUCCCCCAAGCUCAUAUCAUCGAAGGAUAUUGCUUGGGACACAAGGAUUUCAUUGGCGAUUUGGUCAUUCCUGAGCAACGGAACGACAUCCUCAUCUCAGGCGGCGGAGAGAAUGAGCUGUUUGUCUGGGACUGGCUGGCAGGGAACCUGGCCUCCACAGCAAGCGUCCUGAAUCUGGCGCAACAGAUUGACUCGACAAUCACCAAGGUUGCUGUCAGCGGUCUGCAUUCGCUUGUCUAUCCGUCCGAGUCGGGAAAAUUGACCUACGUUUUGGCGAUCUGCGAAGGCAUCAAAGCAAUCUUCUCCUGGCUUUUGACAGACGACAACAGGCUCAACCACCCCGGGGUUAUCCAGCUACCUGGCAACCCUCUCGACCUCGAGAUCAUUCCUGUGGAGGGUGGUCCGCCAAAGAUUGUCGCCGCAAUGGACCCAGGAGCGGCAACCCCUGCAAACUCAAUCAACAUCUUUACACUGAACAUGAACGAGGAGAGGCUAUCGGUGGACAACAUUACGACGGUCGAAGAAAACACCGUGCAGACGUCAGAUAUUGAAGCCACCGAGGAUGUUGUGCGUGGUCUAUUAUACAAUGUGGAAUAUCUACGCAAGAAGGGAGGCGGCGGCGAGGAUGGCGAAGGCGGUGAUGCCCCUGCGACUGAGGUUGAAGCGUCUGAAGAAGCUCAAUCGUGAUGGAGCCGGCAGUUUGGUCCUCACUGCUUCUAGCCGAACAAAGAAAAUAAGGCAAACUUUUCCAAGGCCUUGACAAAGGCAGUGUGCGAGUGAUCGGCCUACGAUGUGUAGAAAGUAAUCUUGCUUUCCCCUGACUUCACCAGAGUCUAUAGACGAGUCCCGCUCAACUGCUCUUGUCUCUCAUCUCACAACCC